AGCGCGCGCGGCGGCCCCGCCCCCGCCGGUGAAGGUGAGCGUCUCCUCCAGGCGCCGCGCGCCGUCCGUACCGGAGCGCACCGGAGCGGAUCGGAGCGGAGCGGACCGGCUGUGCCGCCAUGGCCGCCUCCCUCUUCGCCGCCGUCCCCCUCUCCCCGCCGGUCGCCGUCUUCAAGCUCACGGCGGAUUUCCGGGAGGACGGGGACUCGCGGAAGGUCAACCUCGGCGUGGGCGCCUACCGCACGGACGAGGGGCAGCCAUGGGUCUUGCCGGUGGUCAAGAAGGUGAAGCAGUUGAUCGUCAACGACAACAGCCUGAACCACGAGUACCUGCCCAUCCUGGGCCUGCCCGAGUUCCGUGCCAACGCCUCCCGGAUCGCCCUGGGUGACGACAGCCCUGCCAUCAAGGAGAACCGGGUCGGAAGCGUUCAGUCCUUGGGCGGGACAGGCGCUCUGCGGAUCGGCGCGGACUUCCUGAGGCGGUGGUACAAUGGAAACAACAACACAGCGACCCCAGUCUACGUCUCCGCUCCAACCUGGGAGAACCACAACUCUGUGUUUAUGGAUGCUGGUUUCAAAGAUAUUAGACCCUACCACUACUGGGAUGCUGCCAAGAGAGGUCUGGAUAUCCAGGGGCUGCUGAAUGACAUGGAGAGCGCCCCAGAGUCCUCCAUUUUCGUCCUCCAUGCCUGUGCACACAACCCAACAGGCACAGACCCUUCUCCUGAGCAGUGGAAGCAGAUUGCUGCUGUUAUGAAGCGCCGGAGCCUGUUUCCGUUCUUCGACUCGGCGUACCAAGGGUUUGCUUCUGGCAGCCUGGACAAGGAUGCCUGGGCUGUGCGAUUCUUUGUCUCCGAGGGCUUUGAGCUCUUCUGUGCACAGUCGUUUUCCAAGAACUUUGGGCUCUACAAUGAACGUGUGGGGAACCUGACUGUGGUGGGGAAGGAUGCAGACAACGUGAAGCGUGUGCUUUCCCAGAUGGAGAAGAUUGUGCGCACCACUUGGUCCAACCCUCCCUCCCAGGGAGCGCGCAUUGUGGCAACUACGCUUUCUUCCCCGCAGCUCUUUGAUGAGUGGAAGGGCAAUGUGAAGACAAUGGCAGAUCGGGUCUUGCUGAUGCGGUCAGAGCUCCGGUCUCGACUGGAGGCCCUUGGGACCCCUGGAACCUGGAACCACAUCACAGAGCAAAUCGGCAUGUUUAGCUUCACAGGGUUGAACCCUAAGCAGGUGGAGUACUUGAUCAAGGAAAAACACAUCUACCUGUUGGCUAGUGGGCGCAUCAACAUGUGUGGCUUGACUACCAAGAACCUGGACUAUGUGGCCAAGUCCAUCCAUGAAGCCGUCACAAAAAUCCAAUGAAGCACAUGAACAACCAAACUUACAUGAAGUCACCAAAGCUAUAGUGUGUAGUCCACGUCUUUCUCUGCUCAUGGCUUGCCUUGUCCCACACCUCUUGGGGUUUAAUAAAGAUGGGAGCGAUAGGUAGCUCAAUCAGGGAUAAUCAUCUCCUGACUUUUUUCAAGUACCCCAUGCAAUAUGGUAAGCCAGUGCCCCCGGGAGGGUGGGGGUAGUGUUAGCCACCUCAGCUCUUGUUUCACUGAUAGCAGCCUGGUCUUCAGGUACUUAGAGCUGCAUCUUUAGCACAUCCAAAUCAACUGCACAUAACUGAUCAGUUUGAUCUAGGCAAAGUCUGGUGCCAGUGCAAUGCGCUGUGGGAUGACAGCCCAGUGGCUGGGAUCUCAUACGGCUUGGGAACUAAUGUCAUUCAGUAGUAUUUUGGGGAGGGGCAAAGCUGUUGCUAGCUUCCUCCCUUCACCCCACCCCUUCCCGAUUUCUGAGCCUUAUACGAGCAAACAUUUGUAAUUGUGAUAAAUGCUUCUUUGUGUAGCUGACAGAAAAUUAAACCUCCGUCUCUGUAUAUUA